AUGGAAAACGUUGUGCAGGAGAUUGAGGGAAGGACUGUCCCGGCCCUCGGAGAUCGGAAUGAGGGGGAGGUGUGUGACAACGAUACCUUGGCUGCUCCCACGACGUCCUCAGGCCUCAUUAAUAUGAGGCAGCGUCCACAAGACACGGAGCCGGAUAUUCCAGAAGAGCUCUACAAUGUUCCAAAGAGCCGUGCAAUGGAGGAAAUGCCACAGUGGUACCGUGAAACGCUUGUGGAGACGGAGCCCCUCAUUCAGGCGUAUGACUUGACACAUGACCCUUUGGAGGUGAGAGAGUCGGCACAGGUAGAGUACUAUUAG